CAAAAAAAUCAAAUUUUACUAUACUGGAUUUUUCAAAAGAACAAGAAAGCACUGCAAUAAAACCUGAUGAUACGGAAUCCACCGGAACGACUGGAGCUGCAAUAACGGGGUCGAGCACGGCAACUUGGACCAACUUCAUCUCGACAGAUAAGCUUGUGACGAACUCUUAUUUUGAGAAUUGGACUACGAGUACCGACUCCACGAGCGUUGAAAUAACCACAAUUUUACCAUCUACAACUCCUCGUCCUCCCCAAGAAAGCACUAUAAAACCUGACGACACUAAAUCCCCCGGAACGACUAAAACGACAAUAAAGUCGAGCACAACAACUAAGAUGAACUUGGUCUCGACAAAAACGGUUGUGACGAAGUUUGGCAGCUCAGAAUCCGUCACCACUGGUUCAACAACUCCUCGUCCUACCAAAGAAAGCACCGUAAAACCUGACGACACUAAAUCCCCCGGAACGACUAAAACGACAAUGAAGGCGAGCACAACAACUAAGACGGUUUUGGUCUCGACAAAAAUCGUCGUGACGAAGUCUGGCAGCUCAGACACCGUUACCACUGGUUCAACAAAAAUUACAACUUCAUUCUAUAAAACUUGGACUUCGAGUACCAGCUCAAUAAGAAAUGAAGUCACCAAAAUUCCAUCAACUACAACUCGACGUCCUCUCAAAAGGCUCUACAAAUGUUCGGAACUAUCAUGUCUAAAAAAUAAGUCCCUCUUUGACUCUUCCGAAGAGUUAAUAGAUGCGAGAAAAUACGGUUCGUGGAGGGAAAUCUGCGGAGAGCUCUAUCUUUUCGGGAAAUCGAUAGUGACGUGGGAAGAAAACGCAAUGAGGUGCUGCGCCAUUGGGAUGAAACCGAUAGCGUUCGAAACCAGCGCUAAAUUCAGCUGUCUGCAAAAAUUGCUAAAAGUGGAAGUGUGGCAGUACAACUACAACUACUGGACGGCCGCACGUCAGAUUUUUAACAACUACUCGUUCAACUGGUGUCCCUAUGAGACUCACGGCUCGUUCGCCAAUCUCACCUCAAUGUGGGCCGCUAAUUACACAGGAAAAGAUGAUGACGAUUCUUGCGUCCACAUGUCUAUUCCGCGAAAUAAAAACCUGACCGAGAUGACGAUGAAAAACUGUUCAAACCUCUACAUGUUUUCGUGCAAGGGAAUGACGACACCGGCUCCACGUUGUUUCGCUCCCGCCUGCCCUCAGGAUAAAUGCAGCAAAAAUGAUACUUUGUUUUCUGUUGGAGUAGACAAGGUCACCAAAUUUCUUUCAAAACCUACGCAGUAUGGACUCUGGAAAAGCAUGAAUUUCCGUAUUUUCAUGUUUAGUCGUGAAUUCAAAACAUGGGAGGACGCGAGAAGAACCUGUUGCUCCAUAGGAAUGAAGCUUUUGAGCCUGGAUGUCGCUUACAAAUACUCUGUCUUGUCCCAAAUUGCAGGGGAAGAUAGUGCGACUCUCAAUGCGAACUUUUGGACGUCGGGCACGGAAAACGGUUGCCCUGGAGCGUUCGGCUGGUGCGCUGAAAACAAACUGGUCAGGAAUGCGAUGUGGGCCAGAAACGAGCCUCGCAACGGUAGCCACUGCAUCGCAGCGACUGUCAGCAGCACAAACACGACGCUGAUGACUGCAGAUUGCAGACUAGCUCUGCGGUUUAUUUGUGAAGCAAGUACCAGGGACACGAGUAAUUCUACGAGUAAAGGAGAGGCCAUGAAGGACGAGUGUGCAACCAAUUAUAACGUUUCAAUCGGUGAGCAGGACAAUAUUUUCAACAGCUCGUCUUUCAGUGCAAAGAUCAAGUGUUUCUUGAAAUGUUUGGGCGAGACUGGAGGAAUUGUAGUUGAUGGUCGCAUUGUGGAUGAGCAACUGAUUAAACUGGCCGAAAUCUUAUCACCAAAUGACGACGGAAAACUGAUGGAAAAUUUGGGAGCUGUCGACGAGUGCUCCAACUCCAAGGGAAUGAACGAGUGUGACAAGAUAGCCAACGUUUUCCAGUGUGGACAGGAAAAAGCGCCAAACCUUGUGGCGAACGUGAUCAACUCGAUGGAAAUGAACAGCACCGGAGUUGAAAAAUCGCCUCUGCAACCAGUACUGGGAGAAUGCAUUGAAUAUGAAUGCAAAGUUGACUCGAACAGGAGCCAGAGGUUUUUAUAUGAAAGCUCUUUACCGGCAGGAACUAUUCUGACUAUUUGUAACAAGCGUUAUCUCUUGGGAAAUGAUCCUAUGUCGUUCGGAGCUUGCGCAAAGUGGUGUUGCACGUAUGGGCUUCAAAUUCUAUCGAUCGAGACAGUUGAGGAACUGCAGUGCAUUGUCAAUUCACCCCUGGGUGGAAUAGCCCGACCUGCGAAAAUAUGGACAUCAGCAUCGAGGAAAGGAACAAUCACCGGCUUCCGAUGGUGCACGUCCAGAGUGCCGCUAAAUUUUUCAAUGUGGAAAUGGCAGCCAGACAUAGAAAAAAACCCAGAAUAUCCAUUAGUGACUCUGAACCUCUCAAACACGUUGGAAGAUUCAUUUUUUUAUGCAAGCCCUGAUGUCACCUAUCCCGCAUUACCACUUUGCAAACUGCAGCCUUUUGUGUGAACUGGAAUUUAAGCUGCUUGUUUACUUAUUUUUUUGGAAAGGAAAUAAUUUGGUACUUAUUUAAAUAUGUUCUUUUCGGUUGUGUGGUGGAUAAAUAAAAUUUGGGACACACUUUUUUAAUGUUAACCUCCUUCUAACAGUAUAGCAGUGCUUAUAUAUAUUUUUGCAAAAGAAAAAUUAUUUUGAUUGUGAUUUUUUAUCUAAUAUGAGAUUUAUUUAUUUGUUGCUUGGUGCCUAGUUUAAUCUUGUAUGGAACCACAUAAAUUUGAAGAAGACUGGUGGUGGGUUUUGUGGUUGAUUAAUCGAUAGCAACAUUUACUUCAGAACAUGGCCGGAAUAAUUCGUUUGUUUUAAAAGAUGAUAUUCAGACUAAAAAAUAAGUUGCUUUACAUCUCGAAAUUAUAUGAGGCAUGUCAAAAUGUGUUGAUUUUGACGACUCUUUUGAUCCCAUGACCUUUUUGUAUUGACCUAGUGUGAGAAUAAACAA